AUGGCUUCACAAAACAAUCAUAAGUUACAUAAUUUCAUAUUUAAAAAUGUAAACACCAAUAUGGGAAAGGCGGCAGGGAAUUUAGUGAUGUCCAAAAUACGUGUCAAGAACACGUUCAUGAACCUGCCGGAGGACCAGGAGUGCACGGGCACGGCGAUAUACAAAUCGCUAUCGAUGCCAACCCUGGAAGAUAACUUUAACCAGUGGUACAUUUACAACCUCCCCUGCUUUGAGGACAGGGAACACUGCAAGCAGUUGAUGUUUAACUCAGAAAACGAUAAUUCCGGCGUCCACUCUAUGCUGAAGCCAGCAUCCAUGUUCAAGUACAACCAGCGUGCACAUUCCGAUGCUACCCAUUCCAACGAAUGUAUACCUCUGGACGACAAUGGAAAGCUCACUUCUAUUGGAUCGGUACGCCACCUCAUAGGCGACUGUAAGCCCUGCGCAUUCAACAGACACCAUACGAAGACGUGUAUGAAUGGGAUACGCUGCAACUUCUGUAAGUUUGAAAUUCGUAACAUCCACACAGGCCACUUCGAUCACACGGCAAAGCGCAAAACACGAUUCCGAAUUCCUCGGAACCACUGA